CCAAAUUAGAGUUGCUACCCACGGCCUUCAGCAGUAUUUCAAAGCACAAACACCCUUAAGUCCGCUGCGUUCAGAGCUGAGUACUGCUGAGCAGAUUUUAGCAGUUCAUUUCCCAGCUCUAACUCAGACAAAGAAGAAAUGAAAAGUUCACAACUUCUCUCUGUUUUGUUGAUUUCUUGGAUCAUCAUCCCAACAAAUGCACAUGGAGGAAAGAAAAAAGAGGCACUGGGAUCACAGAGUCAGCACUCUAGAACAAAGAAAGAUCAGCAAAGCUUAGAAACCAAAUUUCAACUCUAUACAGAUACAACUGGAGAAGCAUGUCAGAUUUUGUUUAAUCAGUUGGAGACUCUUGACAAAUGCAGUUUCAAUGCCUCUCUUCCUCUCGUGAUGAUAGUCCAUGGCUGGUCGGUGGAUGGGAUUUUAGAAAGUUGGAUUUGGAAAAUGGCAGCAGCUCUGAAGUCUCAUCAUAAACAAAUAAAUGUGAUCAUUGCAGACUGGCUCACAUUUGCUCACCAGCACUAUCCCAUUGCUGUACAGAAUACACGCUACAUAGGACAGGAGAUAGCAGACUUUGUGGAAUGGCUGGAGGAAUCCAUUCAGUUUUCCAGGAGCAAUGUUCAUCUAAUUGGGUACAGCCUAGGAGCUCAUGUUUCAGGGUUUGCUGGUAGUUACAUCAGCGGUACAAACAAGAUUGGAAGAAUUACAGGCCUUGACCCCGCUGGCCCCUUGUUUGAAGGAAUGUCACCAACAGACCGUUUAUCUCCAGAUGAUGCAAACUUCGUAGAUGCAAUUCAUACGUUCACUAAACAGCACAUGGGUCUCAGUGUUGGCAUCAAACAGCCCGUGGCCCAUUUCGAUUUUUAUCCCAAUGGAGGCACCUUUCAGCCAGGCUGUCACUUCAUGCAUGUGUAUAACCACAUUGCACAAUAUGGGAUCACUGGUAUCACACAAACUGUGAAAUGUGCCCAUGAGAGGUCAGUUCACUUGUUCAUAGACUCCCUGCUUCACGAGGACAAGCAAAGCACAGCGUACUGGUGCAAUGACAUCAACACUUUUGACAAAGGACUGUGCCUCAGCUGUAGGAAGAACCGGUGCAACACCCUGGGCUACAACAUCCGAGAGGAACGGCUCCCAAAAAGCAGAAAACUCUUUCUGAAAACGAGAGCACGAAUGCCUUUCAAAGUCUAUCACUAUCAGUUCAAGAUCCAUUUCAUAAAUGAAAUCCAAGGCAAGAAGAUCGACCCAAGUUUUACCAUGUCUCUGACAGGCACUAAGGAGGAUGCUAAAAACCUGCCUAUCACACUAGUUGAAGGAAUUAAUGGAAAUAAAACCUACUCUUUUCUCAUCACACUGGACACUGAUAUUGGUGAGCUACUAAUGAUCAAGUUUAAAUGGGAAGGAACUGCAGUUUGGAAAAAUAUCUGGGACAAGUUUCAAACCAUAAUACCGUGGACAAAAGGCACUCACCGACCAGGGCUCAUAGUGAAGACAAUAAGAGUGAAAGCGGGGGAAACACAGCAAAAAAUGACAUUUUGCUCUCAAAGUUUUGACAACAUUCACCUUUAUCCAGACCAAGAGAAAACAUUUGUGAGAUGUGAAGAUCGAUUUCGGCACCAAGAAAGAAAGUGAGCGAAAAGAAAGACCAAGUAAUAACUAAAAUAUAUGAAAAGUAGCCCGCAUCCAGUAAGAUGUUGUAAAAAUACAUGGCCAUGCUACGCUCAAAUUUAAUAAUGCUGAUAGUUUCAGAGGUGAUGAAGAGAAUACAAAAAAAAAAGUAAAUUCCAUGAUGCAACGGCAAACUGAAAGGCACUUUGCUGCCACGCAAACCUGCUCUCAGUGAUCAAUGAGCAACUUUAUUGACAGCAGCUGUUAAUUUUAAAUUAAUUGAAGUCUGAAUUAAUGCUUGCUGGAAAUCAAACUGCUACUAUUUGAAAUAAUCACUGGUACAGAUCUUUGCAAGUAGUUUUGUUUCCAAUUAAAAACUUUGAAACGUUAAUAGUGACUAUCCAUUAAAUGUUUCCUGAAUCAUUUCAUAGUGGAGUUCAACUGUAAACAAACUCUGAAAUAGGUAACGCAGCCAACAAAGGCUGAAUUUCUGACUUGAUGAGUUUCAAAAACUAGGAAACAUUUAAUGUGCAGAAAGCUGGAGCUAUUCCUUAAAGCCGUAUGGCAAGGAAAAUAACUAUAUCACCCAAAAACGCUAUGCUUUACUGGAAAAUGCUUUGCCAUUUAACUGUUUCAGGGUACUAAUUUAAAUUAAUAGUAAUUUAACAAUGCUUAAGGUACUACAUACAACUGUAGCACAAAGAAGUUCUGUUAACUUUCACAUGAAAAUCGUAUUUACUUGUUCGUGUAACACUUGAGAUUCUUACAUUUUAAUUUGCUGCGCAGCAAAUCUUACUAUCAUUUUAAACUGCAUUAAUAAAUGAAAAUGGUAAAACUUUUAUCAUCAGGGCAGAUAAAUAAAUCUGAAGAAUUCAAACAUACCAAAUUCCAUUGUUUCCUAUACUGGAAUAUAAACAACAUAAACAAACACCGCCAUCUCAGAUCAGUCGUGAUUAACGCUUACAAGAGAGCAUCAGUAAAAUAAGUAGCAUUAAGUAGAAAGUAUUUCAUUUGUCAUUGAAUAAUUAAGUACAAUAGUCAUUAAAAAUUAUAUUUCUAUGACUAUUCUGAAUGUAUUUGUUCUAUAUGUUCUCUAAACUGGAAAGUAGUCACAAGAACUGAUGUCAUACCAAGAUACUGAAGGAAAUUUGGAAUCAAAAUAUUUAGAUGUAGCCAGAAUUAAAGCAAGAAUGAUUUAAAAAGCAUAAUGAAUGAGCAGAGCUGAACCAGCAAUCCUGCAGGCAGGGAACCAUCAUCAGUGAAUGCAGACAACUUUGUUGAUCAUUCAGAAGAGUAACUCCUAACUUUUAAAAGCUGUUUUCAGUAGCUUUACAUUCCAUGUUAGUAAACAGGUAUAAUCAAUACAGAAAAAGACAGGCUGAAAUAAAGACCUCAUAAAACCA